AUGGCAUUUAACAAUGUUAACAAUCCAAGACAAAUGUUUCCAACGCAACAUCAAGGUAAGGAGCAUCAAACUUUAUAGCUUAGUAGUCUGUAUUUCCCUUCUUAAUUUUUUAAGGAUUUCUCCCAGCUUUGUUUAUUACCUUUAAUUAGGUAAGGUUUUUGAAAUAAGCUUACACUGUAUUUAUUAUAGCUCAUGACUGAAAAUUUACCUUGAAAUAUAUAGUAGAAGUAACUCGCGAUUUGAAAUAAACAAUAGAAGGUCAUAUUUGAAAGUAUGUUCUAAACCCGACGAGGCUUUCGUUGAAACUAACAAUGGGUUUGGAAAUCUUUGUAGCUUCCUUGUCUGCUUACACUUAUUUCAUAGCAGUAACAGCUAUUAUUUAGUCUCCCUACAUUUAAAAGUACUAAAUAUAAUUCAAUUAGCACAUAGCAAGUGACAUAGGGGGGCUCAAAACAGUUUCAUAGUCUUCAUAUCUAUAUGCUAUGUGCGGAUGAAUUUGAAACUUCAAGAUCGAGCAAUAUUUCCCAGGUAUUAUUUGAACUUUGUAAGGCGACCAGUUUAAAAUAAGCUUAAUUCCCAUUACAUUGUGCCAAAUGCUGGUCAAAUGCCCUUCCAUAAUGCCAGUUUUGAGAGUCAAAUACCCCUCCGAAACAAUUUAAAAAAUGAGUUUUGAGUCAUCUUAGGAUGUUUUCUAAUGCUGUCACGUGGUUUGAAAAAUUUUAUAUCCACCAUAACUUAGAAUACAGACUUAUUAGAGACCCUAGGAUACAUUGUUUCUAUGUAUGGCUGUUCCCAUGUAUAGGUGUAAAUACAUGUAAAUGCUUACCUUGGAGAAAUAGCUAGGCUACCAGGUAGAGUGGUGAUGCCAUUAUAUCAUAUCAUUUGUGAAAUCAAAAUUGCCAUUUUCUGUAUAGUACAUUAAACUACAUGUUCAUGGUACACAUGUUCACCUACCUGUACCUGUAAGGAACAGUGUAUCUUAACAUCCCUAAUUAUUGUUAAACUCAGAAACUGUCAACACCUAAGUAUGUGUAUUUCAGAAAUGUUGAUUGCCUGUCUAUAGUUACCAAAUAGCCAGCAAAGAUCAGAACAAAGGACAAAACUGCAAACUAAUUACUGGGCUGGUUGUGGUUUAGUUUUCUCGUACCCAAUUGGCUUUUUCCUUGUAACUUAAUCUCAUUCCAUAAAUAUUUCUGGUGCUUAUGGUUUUCUGAGUUCCACAGUAAUAACUGAAUAUCAGUGUGCCUUUGUACACCCAAUAAUGUCCAUGCCAUAAGUAUAACAUUAAAAUUUUAAAUGAAUACUCUUAUUUGCACUUUUUUUAGGAAACUUCAGUGGAAUGCAAGCAACACAACCCAUGGGUAUAUUUCAACAGAACCAGCCUUAUGGUGUGCAAAAGAACCAGGUAAAUCAAAAAGUUCUAAUGUAAACACGGAAAUGAAUUCUGCAUGCAAAUUUACAAGAAUGUGUACAAGAUAGAAAGACCAUGACAUUAUCUUACUUUAUAAGAUCAGGAAAAGAUAUGAAACAUACAUGCAUUUAUUAUAUACACACUGUGAAAUACUCACCAAAAAUCUAUGUUGUAAAUGUUCUUAUGCAAAUUAUAUGAGUUCUAGCCAAUCAGAGAAGCAAACAAUGGUUUUCACAUGUGAAUAAAAUGAUAGGUCCCAUAAAAAUAGCAAACGAUGUUUUUCACGUGUGAGAAAAAAAUACACAUUACGGAACAGCGCCUGUAGAUCCGUGUCGCCCGCAAAAUCGCGGGUCCCAUGACUAUUUGCGCGCUCACAAAGGGAGCUGACGCAUGUCGCGUCCUUUGAUUCAAGACUCAAGUGUUAGGGUAUUGUUUCCACGAUACAAAGGUAAUUUAACUUAAGAAAAUCUAUAGAUCGAAGCUUUCACGCUACUCUCUGUUUUAUAAGGAAAUGCAAACGCUCAACUUGAUAAAUAUUUUUACUUCAUAACAUAUUUGAACGAUUUAGGCCAGCAGAAUGUAUAGAAUUCCAGGAAAACAAUUCAGGAAGCCGAACGGUUUUGAACGGCGCUAGACGUUAUUUUUAUCAGUAUGCAAAUCACCUACCCAAUCACUUACUUUCCAUCGAAUUGAAAUAUCCUGACUUUUUUUUACCACUUUUCGAUUUGAUUCGUUUCAUUUUAUAUCAUUUUGUGCAAGCUGAGCUCUUUCAUGCGAAUUUAUGCUUUCAAAAGGAAAAAAAACUUCGAGGAAACGUUGUGUUUAGAACCACGGCAAUUUGUAUCUAUUUCGCUUCACUUACGCUUAUAUGCAAAUUACUGUUCAUCCGCCGGAUUUCGCUGGAGACAAAAAUAUCCAUAUUGAAUUCCCAAAUGCUUGCCUUUUGGGGCACCCCUUUUAUUUUGGCUAUCAAGAUUUUAAAAGCUAAGCUUCAGACUUUUUAUUCCAACGUUUUAAUGCGGGAAAAGCUAGGAGAAAUGCUCCAACUGAUUUAAGUCACGCAACACGCUUUAAGACCGCAUAACUUGAUCUCUCUGUUAUCUUUUGUUCUUCUAUUGUCUCCAAAACAAUAACGAUGUUUUACCAAUUUCCACCUACAAAUAAUAGGACACAUUUGAUUGACAGAAAAAUUUGCAUUUACUAGCGACGCGUAUCUACAGGCGCGAUUCCGUAAUGAUCUAAUCAGAAGACACAGAGAUGUGUGAGUUUCAUACCAAAAUUCCCACCUCUAAUAGGCACUUGCAGCUUGCAGCACCCCUUGCGGCGCUGCUAUGCAGAAAUUCAAUGAAAAGAGUUUCUCAAAGAGUUUUUCUUGUAAAAAAAAAAGUGAAAAACAUCUCAGAAAUUGGAGUUGAAUAGUAUUUGUUUGUUUCACUGUCGAUGAAGAAAACUGUGGAGAGCCGGCAAAACAACAUCAGAAGGGAAAAACAGAAUGAGACAUAACCUUAAAGGGACACAGUCAGCUGUGGGACUGCACUGACCUGGACACUACUUUUGCCAGUUUGAAAAGCAUUUACCUCAACCCACAAUCAAAUGUACACGUCGGACACAUCUAGAAAUCCGCGUCAAUCUUGCCUAGUGUUUCAUUCCAUCCUCGUUCUUUUACAGAAAACCUCUUUUUGAGCACACGUUAACUCAUCCUAUGACAUUAUUUUAUCAUAUUUGGUUAAAAACAGUAUCCAAAGGAACAUGAACAGAAGAGGUGAGAAUCGUGUAGGUGCCUGGUGGGAGAAAUCGCCUUUGUUUACCAGAACAACAAAAAAAAUGAAUCAAUAACAGUGGCGAGCAGAUAAUCGUAAUAUACAUUUGAGAAAUCGAUGGAGAAGGUAUAUAUGGAAAAUCAAGCUUUCUCGACCGUGAACCUUGACAAUGAUUCAUGCAGACUCCAUGUCAUUUCUCACCUUUUACUUUAGUAGUGAUGAUGAAAUUUAGAAGUAUUCGUCGAAGUUUGGCUUUCCCUGGACAAAUCCAUUGGUGAAUUCUCCAUGGUAUAUAAAAAAAACGUGUGCUCUGCAUGGCUUAGGGUCUAUAAUCACGAUUUCGGUUUGUAACUAGUUCAACUCUACAAGGUUUGUUUUAUAAUAAACGCAAUACCACAUGGGAAGUGCUUCAUACAGUAUUAUGCACUUGUUGUUUUUGUAUCAGAAAUCUCAAUCACUCACUACAGUAUACUGCUAGCUGCACUCACUCAUUCGAUUUCUGAUACAUCAACAACACAUGUGUAAAUACCGAACACCUGCAAUUUCCAUGAAGUAUUCUUUAUAUCUCCCAAUAGUAUAGACUUUGUUUACACCAGCAACAGAACAGAAUAAAAGCAGAUGGAACAUUCAACUCUAAUGUAAAAGACACAGACUGAGUGGCCAAGAAACAACAGCUCACAAGAAACUAAGAGGGGGGAAUGGCAGGUUUCCUUUUUCUUUCAUCUUUGUUUGGUGAAACUGCAAAAUUUAUUAGUCUCAUGUGAACUUGAUGGUCUGACACACAAACUGCAGAGAUAACAUGAAGUAUACUGGUCAAAUCACUUUUCUUUUGUAGGGAUUUCAACAGUCUUUUCCUGGUCAUCAUAUGGGACCACUGGGAGGUCCUCAAAUGGGUCAAACUCUGGGUCCUCAAAUCAACCCACAAAUGAGACCUCAAAUGGGACCUCCCUUAAACCUGCCAAUGGGGCCUCAAAUACCAUCUCAAGUUGGAACACUAAUGACACCACCUAUGGGUCUUCAAAUUGGGGCAUUUCCUGCCAAUGUACAGCUAGGACAUCAGUUUCCAAAACAGCAACAAAAAAUAAUUGAUCAGCAAAGAAAACAGGCUGAAGAACAGCUAAAGAAACAGCAGGAAAUGAUGAAAAAGAAACAGUUUGAAGAAGAAAAGAGGAAACUGCAACAGUCUUUCAGUGCAAAGAAACCAUCCAAUGCUGAUGCUCUGAAUAACCUGUUUGGAAAGAACAAGACUGGAGCUAGUGACUCAUCAAUGACUGAUUUAAUUGGUUCCCUCGGUAGUAAGACAAGUGUUAAACCAAGUGUGUCAAAGCCAACAAGUAUUUGUAAGUUCUUUGUCUGCAAUUAUUAUACGAGUAUAAAUUUUAUUAACUACAAGCCAUGGGGCAUACAGUAGCUAGAGGGGCUUAGGGUGUCAGUGAAUCCUUCUGUGAUAGGAAAAAGCAUGUCAAGUGGUAAUAAAACAAACUGGAAUGCCUUUGGGAAAAAAGGAAAGACUCUGAUGAAGUGCAAUCUAGGAAGCGGCAGUUCAUAUCUUACCCAGGCCAAGCACAUUUUGCAUCGUUACAGCUACAGUACAUUGCGAAUAAGGUUAAAUUAUUAUGGAUUUCAUAACAGUUGUAAUUUACUGUGACUGAAAUACUUCUUGGCUAACAAAACUAUUUUAACUAUUUUUUUUAGGAAGUUACUCAGUUUAUAUAUGCUGAACAUUCCUUUUUCAGAAGGGGCGGGGUAGGGUGGGCAAGAGAGCUUGCUUCUGAUAUAGGGACCCAAAGGAAUGAUCCUGCCCAUAUCCCUGAAAAUUAUCAGCACUUGAUAGAUAAUUGAUUAUAUUUUGUAAAAUGAUGGCAUAAAUAUAAAAACAUUAAAUUUUGAUAUCUCAAAGAUGCCUGCCUCCAGAGAUCUUAAAUCUGGAGUCUCUCUCUUUGGCAUUACCCCUUGCCCCUAACCCCUACCCCCCACCCCAAAUGUCAAUGCACCCUUUUUUUGCAGAUUAUUUUUCAAAAAAGAUAUAAAAAAGCAUUCAUACUUUUCCCAUUGAUAUUUGUUGAAUUCUACAAGAAACAAACAAGGGAAAGUUAUUGAGUGGUAAUGACCUGCACAGGUUUGCAACUGAACGUCCAUUGUCCAGCAGCUUUUUGUCUUAAUAAUCAACAGUUUCAAGACCUGGUGGCAGUGUAGCUAGUCAGUCAAAUCUUACCCCAGGGCAGUGGGGCUCAGGAUAUAUGCCAUCAGGACAUGCAAAUUCCCAAGGGACUCCGUCAAUUACAGGGUGGCAAUUGCAUGAUACAGAUGACUUUGGUGACUUCUCUCAAGGACCAGCACCAGGCCAGGACACCUUUAAUGACUUUCAGACUGCUCUUGAACCAUCUAACCAGUUUGGAGGUUUGUCAGGCUACAAAUACUCAAAUUAAUAAUUUUUCACCAUCUCUAAUAAUAUUUUGUUAUGUCCAGGGAAUUUUAAAAAUCUCAAGUGAAUACUCAGCUAGUUUUCUCUAGACUUUUAUCAUCAUGAAGGGGUUAAGGUUCUAAAAAAGUGUUGUGUUGCAUUGGUAGGGGAGUGAAAUAGAUUUGAUUUUAACACUUGAUUUGGUUUUUUAGAUUGGCCCCUGCCGCAGGGACGUGGAGAGCUUGCACUCAAUUAAUGUCAUCAGUUUCUCGAUCCCCCUACAGUGGCCAAUAUACUUUAUCAACUCAGUUGACAAAAUCAGUUCUUCUUAUUUUCUCAUCAUAACUAGCAAAUCUAAUUGACUCAAGCAAAAAUUGAAGCUGUUGGUGUUACCAGCUUACCUUCUUAAUCAAAAGCUUAGAUUUACAUGACUGUAAUUUAGCCAUGACACAACUUGACAGAUAAUGACAUUUCCUCAGUCCAUUAGUUCCUUUAAUGUUUUUUCAAGAUUCUUACACAUAUAUAAAUAAAUUUUAUUAUUAAUUAGCAGGUAAAUAUGAUGACCAAGUCAACAUUCAGCUUGAGGAACGAAAUAUAAAAAGACAGUUAAUUUUUAUUUGAGUACUUAUUUAAGCUCCUUGAACUUAUUGGUUUUUCAUUUUGCGGUUUCUUAAUUUCGCGAUUUCAACAGCCGAUUUGAAAAGGGCAAUAAAUUUCAUGAUUUCACAUUCUUGACUUCAUUUUAGUUUUCAAAAAGUGCAAACUUAUUAAAAAUUUCUACAUGUAGAUAAACUGGAACAAGCAAUGUGUGAAAUCUUUGCAAAAUAACGUUAUUUCACAAGUGAGAUACAAAAUGAAACAUUCCAGUAAAACCAAUAAACAAUGUUUGUAUUUGUCGAUACAUAUCCUUUAUAUGUUGUUGCUAUAUUUACAUGUUAAUAAAUUUUUGUGUGUUUUGAAUUUUCUACAUGGAUAUUAAAUUUCACAUGCUUAAUUUUCAUGAGGAUUUGAAUUCGUGGUCUUUAAUUUCGCGAAUUUUUUACAUUUGUGAAAAAUGCGAAAUUAAGCACCAGUAAGGUCAUGAAUAUGUUUUGUUUUAUGGUGGAAUAGAGUCGACUGUACAUGUAUGAAGCACUCAAAAAAGAUAACUCAGUCACAUUUUGACUUUCUCUUCUGUUAUCUGAACUUGUCUUCUUUGCUUUGUCAGUCACAAGUGGAUCAUUUCCAGUCACGGGAUCAAACGUGUCAUCAGGUCACCCUCAGGGCAUUGGAGGUGCUAGUGUUCUCCCUCAGACUCAGGCAUGGCAUAGCACUCCUUCAGUUACAGCACCCACAUCAUCUUCAACUCCAUACAGUUUUCCAUUGGCACAGAAUAUAUCUGCAAACUCAUCUAUUCAUGCAGAGCAAACAACACAGCAUCACCUAGCAAAUGCUGCUGCACCACCUGCCGUGUCUUGGGUGGGGCAAUCCAGUGUUACCCAAGGAAGUCAAAUAACCCAGUUUUCUGGAGACCCAACUGGAACACACACUAGUGGCAUAAUGGGUAUGCCCAGCCAUGGUGGCCAAAUGACCCAGUUUAUAGAUGAAACAACUAAAAACAGAUCGGGUAGUAUGUCAGAAUUGAUGUCUAAUGCUGGUGGAAAUGCAGUUACUGGAGGGGCAAUGGCACAGCCAGGCACCCCUCACAUCCCAGGUUUAAAAAGCCACACCCUGCUGGCCCCCACCCCAGGUUUCCAGGGAACUGGUUUUGUUAGCAGUCCUUCUCAGCCAGUUCGUGUACCAGAAAAAGAGCCUAACAUCCAGCAGGUAACAGAAGGGGGGAACUUGUUAGAACCUGCUACUGAGACAGGUAAGGAUUUAUGGGUCUUUUUUCUUAAUUUGUAGUGUCUUUCUUUCCUACAGCUGUACAUAAUGUGGUAGUUAAUUUUAUAUCUCAGGUAAUUUUUUGUUUUCUUUUGUCAACAUAUAACUUGCACCUGCAGAGAACCACUACUAACCCUAUGGUUUUGACCAUCUACCCUGCUGAGCUAUUCCUCUGCUUCUUUAGUAAUUCAGCCAUCAACUUAAAAACUUUCUGAAAACCCUGUGCUAAUUAUGUUAACUUUAAACAUACAUGUAUCAUAUCCCCAAUUUUGUACAGUAAAAUUUCAACUUUUCAGAGAAAGGUAUGAGAUGUAAAGCUCAACACAAACUGAACGUCAGUUAUUUAACCCUUAAAAAUAAGGAAAAUUUACAGCUCUGUAGUGUCUUGGACAGUUCUAAUCACAGCUGUAUCCAUAUUGACUUUAGCAGCAUAUGUCACAGAGGUUAUGUGCGUAGUACAUGAAUGACAAUUUUGCCACAAACUUCAUGCUUCAUUUCUUAUAAAGAGAAGAAAUAUUUAUAUCAAAGAAGACUCUGGGGCUCUGAGCUUUAUCAAAUAAUCCAAAUCUGACACUCAGAUGUACUUGCCCUAAUCCAUUGCUGCAGCCUUUCAUCUCAAAAUAUGUUUUAUUAAAAAAAUUUUACAGUUCCUGAAGUUGAUGACAGCCCUGAACGGAAGCUAGAGUUGCUAUAUGGUGUGACCCUGCCAGAUUGGUGUGUGAACGGCACAGAUCUUCCUGGAGUGUACAAGGAAAUUACAGACAAAACAAUCGAAGGAUCUGAUGUCAUUGAUACCAAUCGUUUAUUCCCCAUUCUUAUGGCAUCCGAUCUGCCUCGGGACCAAUUGGGCCAAAUAUGGAACAGAGCUAACAAGAAUGUUCCAGGACAAUUGAAUGCACUGGAAUUAAGAAUUGUACUGGGAUUAGUUGCUUUAGCACAGGUAUGUUCUGUCAUGUGCCUUAGUAUUUGAUAGUAUAAAGAGCUCAGUCAACGGUUUGGAAAGCAUAUUUAAUUGUCUUAGUAUAUUAUUUAUUUUUUCUAUUUAUGAUGGAAAGCUAGCUGGUUCAUCUUAACAUUUUUUGGGUUAAAAUCCCUCUUUCCCAGAUUAAAACCGUAGCAGAGAAGUAUUUUAAUUUAUAAAAUGAUUUAAACUCAGCCAAGCUGACCUAGCAAACCUGCCAGAUUUUUCUAUCAGUCUCUCUAUUUCUAUUCUUGGUCUAACAGUUCUUACUUGUUCUAGCUUUAUGUUUAAAUAUUCUUUUGCAUUAUUUUUGCAAAAUAGGCUGGUAUGAAAACAGAAAGACUCACCCUGGAAAAACUAGCCUCUUGUAAAGCAGCUCCUAUUCCCACCAUCCCUGAGAGUGUAUUGCAGGUCAGUGUACUGAACUAAAAUGUACAACAGAGCAAAGCACCAUGAACUUUUCUACCUUAAAGUUUUAAUAAUGAGGUAAUAAAGGACCAGCCUCUUCUGAGUAGACGAAAGGUUGUAAAAGCUGAUUGACAGUGUACAAUUGUGUUUUUAUUUUUGUAUGUUAUUAUCUUACAGUGUUAUGUUGCUUGCUUAGUUGUUAUUGGCUAAAACACACUUCAUUUCGCUCUUUAUAAAAUCGAAUUAAUAUUGGAAACCUCAUCGACUAUUCCAGUGAUUUUUUGUGGCAGAGAACCAGAACACAACUGCUUACAAGGUUAAGAUUUGUAUGACAUAAUAUUUUUCCGCAGUGGACCUUGAUGCAGUUCUUUUAAGAAUAAAAAAAGUAGAGAAUAUUGAAGGAGCAAGGAUGGCCCAGGUGGUUAGUGCACGGCCUUCGGUUCGCGAGGUCCCGAGCUCGAUCCUCGGUGACAUCAUAUCCUUGUUUUCACUUCUCUCCUUUCUUUGUAGCUUCAACUAACUUUCACUACCUUUAAAACGGAGCAGUGAUGGAUAGAGGGAAAAAAUAAGCGCACCGUCAUCCUCAGGUUUAUCAGUAAAUUACUGUCACGAGUUAUCGACGUAAAAUAUGCUUGCUUUACCUUUUGUUUGUAUAUGUCCAGACUAGAGGGAGAGGUUGGAGCUUUACUGAAUCUUCACAGGCGACCGGAAAUAUGGAGGGGAGUUCCUCAGGAGGCGGUCAUGGCAGCCCUUCCAGUGAUCUUUCUGUUGAUCCUAAUGAUAGAUACAGUGUAUUUCGAACUAUUGACAAUCCUGAAUCAACCAGCCUUGCAAUAUCGUCUUCAAUUGACUCUAGAGAUGAUUUUGGAGCGUUCAAAUCUGUUGAUUCACCAAGCAUGGUAAAAAUGGGUCCUCAAACGAGUGAAUUCUCCGCAUUUCAAGGUGGGGCAGGUCAGAUCAGCAGUGGUUGGAACAGAAGAGAAACUAGUACUGCUGGAUCCAGUUUGCCAAUCCAACAGAAAGAUUUUGGGAACUUUGAGAGUGUACCAAGCCAGAAAACAGAUAAGGUGCGGAGCAGAAUAUGUUAACAAAAAAACCUAUUUAGCACCUGGACUACUAACCAGAAGGUUCGACUUUUAUUGGGAGCUACUCAAAUUUUGUCUUCCGAGCCGCCUGUGUCAGUCACGGACUGAAUAAACAAACUCAAACCUAAUUUACUACAGUGUGACCUUUAUUCAUAAUAUCUCCAUGCUCGAGAGAUUAGAAACUGACUGCUUUCCAGCGGCUGUGAUAUCUGAUUAUACUCGUUCAAAUAUGUCUAAUUUUUCGGUUUGCAGCACCGACUUUCUACCUCUUCUAAGGAUGGUGGAAUAUCAGACCCCGCAAACUUAGAAGUUACUUGUACAAAGCUGUCUUUCCAAAUUAUUAACAAUUAUGUACAUGUGCAUGAAAACUUGUGAUUAAGUGGCUGGAAAUAGCAUUGUUAUCUUUAUUACAAUUUUAAUGAAAAAAAUUCUAAACCGAUCGUACGAAUCCCUUAAAUCAUAAGUAUCAGGUCAAUUGCCAUGAUGCAUGUCAUGCUUUAUGGCAUUGUUUCUUUUAACUUACUUUACCUUUAUUUUUUUCACUUCAAACAGAGUGCAUUUGGAGAUUUUCAAGGGCAGUCAAGUUUUAACAAUCGCUUAAAUAUUCCUGGACCUUCCAACUUAGAACCAAAUUUGGGUCAAGAUGAUUUUGGUGACUUUCAGAGUGAAGCUUCUUCGCAAGAAAACUUGCCUCUAGCAAAUCAGAAAUCCAGUGAAGCAAAAAUGCCAGAUUUUUCAAUUUUCCAAAAAAGACUGGACUCGCCUGGUGGCACCAGUAAUACUUUAAAUGUUUCAAAUAUUGCUAAGACAAAGCCUCCAGAAGAUGAUUUUGCUGAUUUUCAAAGUGGAAAGGAAUCAGAAGCCGGGAGUUUGACCUUAGCUUCAGUUCAAACACCCAACGAGCAACAGGCACAGUCUCUGCCUGGGUCUGGUGAUCUCCAGUUUGGUAGUAAGCCGGACAACAACAAGAGCUCUGAUGUUGUUGGCGGUGGUUUGUUCUCAGAAUCAGUUAGUAAUACUGCUAAUAAAUCAAUCUUUAAUGUUGACACGAAAGGUCCAGCAGACGUUGAUGAUUUUGGAGAAUUUCAGCAUAGUCCUGAUCCGUUUUCAUCCAAUAAAACUUUUACUGGGUUUUCUUCCAAGGCACCUGAAAAGCUUGUCUCGUCUUUGGAAAAAUUCAAACUGUCCAGUCAUACCCUCUCUCCCGCUACUGCAGGAGGUUUGGAUUCUGCAAAUCGUCUGGGAAAACAACCAGCAGAUACAAAGCAACAGGAUACGCUGACAGGUUUUGCCUCGUUUGGAAGUGAUCAAAAUACUUCGUUUGCGGACAAGACAAAGGUAGAUGAGGAUAAAUACAGUGCUUUCAGAAAUGCUGAUUUUGGCUCAAGUGGAGGGGUUUUCAGUGUUGAAAAACCACCCCCGAUACCUACACAGCCGCCAACAACAACCUCAUCAACAAAUGAUCAGUUAGCUGAUGACGGAUUUGCUGAUUUUGGUAGCUUUGAAGUGGCAGACCAGUUCACGUCUGGAAAGGACAGUGACUUUGGAGCAUUUAAAUCUCCUGAAAAUUCUCAAAAUGUGACCUUUGGCAUGACCAGUGAUUCACAUUCAGUUGAUCAACAGGGUUUUGGUGUGUUUCAGUCAUCCACCAGUACCAAGAUUUCUAGCACUACAUCCGAAAGCAUCAACAGUACUGACUUCGGAGCAUUCAGCUCAUUUGCGGCAGGUUCAUGUAAUGUAAGCAGCAAACAACCAAAUGCUACAGCUACUGUCAGAGACUCUCUUAUUAAUUCAGUUUCGUUGGAGCCCACCGAACGCUACAAGGUCCUGUCACACGAUUCCGGGGUAGGUUACUCUAAAAAUAGUUUAAAUCAUAGGAACAAUACUAGUAUUGGGUCUUGGCCUCUGCUUUCCCAUGAACCACUGAAAUUGGCUUUUCGGAACGUUUAGGAGGAUGAAGGGUCGAACGGUGGAUAGCGUUCCUAACCUGCCACUUGGCGUUUUUCGAAGACAGGGAGAGCAUCAGUGGUCGCAACUCUCUCAACCCCCGAUCAAUCGAGUCACAUUGAUGAGAGCUUGGUAUCAUUCACACAUCAAUGUGGCUCGGGUUGGAAUCUGGGAGGAAAUGCCGUAUGUUGGUUCAAUUUGUUGCUAUUUCUUGACAUGGUGAGAGACGUUUACAUCCGGUUUUUACCUCUGAUUAGGGAAUUUAAGCAAAGACGUUUUAGAGUGAAGAGUCAAGGAGAAGUGGAUUUCUGAAAAGUUUCAGAGAAAACGUUUCUAAGCGUGAAUAUACUUAGUAAUACAAACUUGCUAGCGUCAAGGCAUACUAAAAAGGAAAAAGCCUCACUAAGAUCCGGUUGAGGUACGUCGCUCAAAAAUGUCUUUGCAUAAACCCUCUAUUAACGAUGAAGAAGAACGUUUCCAUGUUCCAGUCUAUUUAUAAUUAGGAAGAUGGAAGUCAAGUGUGCUACCACUAAUCAGUUUUUGUUGUCUAAAUCGUAAAAAAUGAUUAAUUAGGCUGGAUACCAUUUUAUUGUAAAUGCACGUCGGGUCGCUUUAGUAAGAAAAACUUCUGCUUGUUAACCAAUCAAAGUCUGAUUGCUACAGUUGCAUGACACAUAAAGUGUUUGUCUUUAAAAGGAUAUUGAUCAACAUGCCAAUGCUUGGAGCCGGUGCCUCAACAGCUGCUUGUUAACUCUGGCAACAGCUACACUGGCCAUUCAGAAAAUCACCGAGCAGUCUGUCAAAGAAGAAGUUAUGGACUCCAAAGAAGGAACUUCAUAUUUUUCAGGUAGUAAAUUCCGAAAAUCCCUAGAAAGUGUUAGACUGUUGGUUCCCCAAUGCUUAACUAUAUAAAUUAAUUAUGUUAAAGCAGCGGCUUUUCAUAAUCACUCAAGAACGGCAUAUUUCUUCUUUUUUGGAUCUAGCAUUUCAUUUGUUAUUUUCCACUUGUCCUCAGCAACUGUGUACGUGUGGUUUUGCCACUUAAUAUUCCCAUUUUAGUAGUAGUAAGCCCAAAUAUUCUAGUGUUUAAGUGAUUGUGUCGCUGAAGUUAGCUCUUUAAUUUGUGUACGUCUUGGAUCAGUCCAGGCCUAGCCAGUACGGUACAGUGUAAUAAUGUGCAUCCAGUCGAGUGUAAAAAUUACUCAGUGGAGGCAAUAGCAAGCAGCUAUGAACUAACGAAAUAAAACGCCAGACUGUUUUAAAGUAAGGACCUUAGAAUGUUUCCCUGAUAUGGCAAUAUUGAUUUAUGGUCCGUCUGUUUUACACCUUUUAGCCAUUGUAGAAAUCUACCGAGUCACGCUGCGAAUAAAAGCAUCAAUAAAUAAAUCAGGUACUGACUGUCAUCAAUAAUAUAACUGUAGCGGCAACUAAUGGCAUCUGCCCAGUUGACGAAGCUUUCAAUUUGUUUCGGAUGAACAAAGGGUUUUUCUUUACAAACCAUGGUGCUGUGUUGAUAAGGAAUGGAGUAUAAACUAGUUGAGACUCGCUGUAAUUAAAAGAAUUGUCGUCGUAGAGAGAUUCCGUAGCAGACAUUUCAAGUUUUAUUACCUCAUCAGAGUAAAUUGGAGCUUAUCCUUCUUCUAAGCGGAUCAUAGUUUGCUUUGAUGAAGGUUUAGGGCUCAAAUGAUAGGCUCUUAGUGUUCAUUGUACAGUUUGCUUCAUUAACGCAGUUAAUGAAACAUUUUUGAUGGAAAUUACACCAUGAUUUCUUUAAAGUUAUUUUUACCUUCUGGUUAUGUGGAUAUAAUCUUCCUGUUCAGUGUCAUGUGAAUUGAAUUUAUGUUCUGAUAGUUUGAUGAAACACGUUUUUUAUUAUUAUUAUUUUACAGCACCAAACAAUAUAAAACUUCAAGAUAUUUAUCGAGAAAUAGAGAGAACGUGGAAGGACAUAUCAGGCUUUCUCUCUGGGUCAGAUGUUUUGGUAGGUACAAUUGGUAUAUAUCUAGCAGUAAUUUAUGAUGAUGGUGAUGAUGAUGACGACGACGACGACGACUGAAACGAUAAUGAUGAUGAGGAUGUAGACAUAUUAAAUUCUGCAAGCAGAAUACUGCAAUGCUGAUCAUACUACGUGAAAAUUAACUCUGCAAUACAUCAACACGACACUGAAAGAACUAAAAACAGAGCGGGAUUGUAGCCAUAGACAGCUGUUUCGCCCUCUUUGGGGUUCGUCAGCAUGGCGUAGCAACUAGAGAAAGCUCUGAUAAAAAAUAUCCGCGCACUCUGAUUUUAAGUCCUGACCCAGAACUCUUGUCACCCACAGAAUCACACCAUACCACGUGUCUUCUGGGGGGCAAGAGUCCAAGUGUCAAGUUGAUAUCUCGCAGAGAAAAUAAAGAAUUGGCCAAAACCAACCUAAAAUACAUGGACAAAACCAUGCAAGAUUUACAGCAUAUCGGAUCUAUAAAAGAUCUACGACCCAAAAAUUAUAAAGUACAAACAUUAACCACAAAGGACUGCAAAGGACUGCAAACGAAUAUGCCGAAGAACGUAGGAUCUAUAAAGACCUGAUCAGCAAAAAUAAUAAUGUAGACAUAUUAAUGAUGACUAUGAUGAUGGUGAUGGUGAUGUUGAUGUAGAUAGCAAUAAUAAUGAUGAUAUUAAUGUUAGUGUUGGCGGAGAUGAUAACGGUGGUGGUGGUGAAGGUUUUAGUGGCAAUGAUGAUGACGAUGGCGAUGAUGGUGGCGGUGGUGUUGGUCGUGUUAGCGAUAGUAUUGAUGAUAACAAUAUAAAUGAUGAUGCAUCCCAAUUUACCACGUACAGUAAUUUUGUUACAAUAGUUAUGGUGAGUUCGGGGACUCAUCUCGUGAAAAAUCAUGACUCCCAGUUAAAAAUAAGCGAGUCCUAAAUUGAAAUUGCUUAGGCCUUUAUGUAACCAGACAGUUUAUCUGGAGACAGACUCCAAAUCUUUAUAGUACAAUUGACUGAAGUUAAAAUGUAGCCGUAUUUACAGCACAAAAAAAUAUGCAUCGUUAGAUAACAGCCACACAAGUCACGUAAACAGGAUAUUCUACAAAAACAUCUUCAGAUCGAUUGAUCGAUCUUUGCGUUCUACGCAAAGCAUGCCAUAAAUUAUUUUGCGUCUUUGGGGAUUUGUAUGGUCAGGAACGCAUGCUUUGCCCUUCAAAAUUAAUGUAGCAAAUAACGAAAAACAAAUUCUAGUGGAGGUACUGACACCAUAAUGUCGUUUGCAUUUAUCAGCCAUCCAAGAGCAGCCUGGAUUUCACCUUGCAUCACGUUUCAGCGUCUGAGGAUGGCAGUGUAGCUUGCGGGAUUUGUUUGUUAAAUGUGAACAAGACAACACCGGAAUCGUCUAAACAUGGUGACAGCAAACUCAUGUAUGGCGGUCGACAUUACCAUAGCACAUGCGCAAACUUCUGGUGUAACAGAGUGGACUCUGUGCUUCCUUCAUUGUUACCAAUUGACAGCUUAAUAUAAAAUUAGAAAAACAGUUUGCAUUGGAAAAAAUCUAUCUCUAGAUAACUGCCUAAUACGUACAAGCACAUAAUGAAUUUAGGAGCUUGUGAUAGGCUCUUGAUGUGUUCCAAAAUCGAAAAGAGAAAACGUAUUCCUGGAAUGCUUGCCCACCUCUAUCCUAGCCCUGAAAUCUUCCAUACAGGACGCAGUUGAUCGCCUGACGCUUGCAUUAGUUCAUUCCUUUAUCAAACUAGAAUGCGAGAAUGUGAAGCCUUAACCAAUCUAAUUUUAUCCAUAAUAUUUUUGGCCUCUUCAGUAGUUGUUUCGAAAUUAAGCUGUAAAUGAUCGCUCGUGACAUGGUUUGCUGGCGUAGGUCGAAAUUUCUAUCGCUUUUUCCACUCCCAUCUUUUCACAGACCUAACUUUGAUUGAUAAGCAAUAAGGUGACGCGCUUCUUUUAAGAUUCUCCAGUUUUUACUGUAUUUCUGGCGAUUAAAAUGUCAUCCGAAAAAACCUCGAAAACGCCUUCAACAUUGAGGCAAAUAUUGGAGGAACAAAAGCUCCCGUGAGCAAUUGUUGAAAAAAUACUAGUGCUGAGAAAUAAGACUGCAAGUAAAAUAGAUGAUGACGUCAUUUCGUUGUUGUGACGACUCCGAUGUUAACGCGACUUUGCUCAUAAUAAAUUUUUGUCUUUCUGUGGUAAAUUUGGGGAAGUCGUUUUUCCAUAUUUUUAUUGAUAGCGAUAUAGUUAAUGCUCAAACUUGGUCCUGAAAAAUCCAAUAGAGCCAUCUUAACGAACCUUUUCACUGAAUACAUCAAAAAGUAGCCUGUUAACAGAUCUUCGGUCGAGGGGGGAACUGGGCCGAGAGCCUGUUCACAGGCUACUCAAGAAGGCAAAGUUGUGCUUCAGUUAAGUGCUUCAGUGAUCGAGUUAAAAGAAUAUGAACUCAGGGAAAAUCACAUUUUGGAAAACAGAGAAGGAAAGUUGGUUAUUUCGAGGAAUUACUGUACAGAAAGACGUAAAAUAUCUAACUAGAGCUUAUAAGUCAGCGUGAUACGUUUUUCUUAUAUUUCUGCACGUAAUAUCUUCACUCUCAUCUAAAAAGCUUAUAUAAACAGCAGAAAUUAAUUUUUAGGUGUUCGUGUUAUUUAAACACAACAAAUAAUGUUUCGACUUUUAAACUUUCACUUUUGUCUAGAAAUGCACGCAACGGUGAAAAUUGCGAAUCCGAGUUUACAAGAGGCGCUCCUUGUGAAGUAGAGAUCACAAGGCAAAACUUCUCCAUGGGUGUGACGAAUAUUGAAAUUGGAUGCCAAAAGUGGCCCCUUGGAGAGAGGCUCGCAUGACAAAAAAUGGCGAAUAUGACGAAAGUAGUGAAAAUUAGUCAGCAAUGGCGAAUCUGGCCGAAAAAAAGCCAGAGAAGUCAGAGAGCAAUUUUGGCG